ACGCUUGCGUCAGAACGUCGCGCAGUUGUUUCCAGAAAGGUGAACGACGAGUUUUGUCCUCUCGUGACACAGGAUACCACAUUGUGACCAUGUUGGUGGCGAGGCUAACGUGCCUGAGGAGUCUUCCUCUGGCCGGGAUGCGUCCCGUGCUGACACAGGGCUCCCCGGCCCUGAGAGCUCCCACCCUGAGGACCUGUCCACCCCUGCUCAGGCCCCAGCAGGGUUAUUCUUCUAAGGCCAGAUUUGGUUUCCGCCGUGCGAAAACGACCAGAGACCAGCUCAAAGAAGCAGCUUUUGAGCCAGCAACGGAUACCGCUAUUAGAAUUGACAGCCUGGGAAGAAUUAUUGUGGCUGGAGGUGCAGCAGUUGGCCUUGGAGCUUUGUGCUACUAUGGACUCGGCAUGUCCAAUGAAAUCGGUGCCAUUGAGAAAGCAGUGAUCUGGCCUCAGUAUGUGAAGGACAGGAUCCACUCCACCUACAUGUACUUUGCAGGCAGUAUUGGACUGACGGCUUUGUCGGCUGUAGCAGUGAGCAGAACCCCGGCACUUAUGGGUCUGAUGAUGAGAGGGUCCUGGAUGGCUAUUGGAGCAACAUUUGCGGCUAUGAUUGGCGCCGGCAUGCUGGUUAGGUCCAUUUCGUAUGAGAACAGCCCAAUGCCCAAACACCUCGCUUGGAUGUUCCAUGCAGGUGUGAUGGGUGCUGUCAUCGCUCCCCUCACUCUCCUCGGAGGACCUCUGAUGAUGAGGGCCGCCUGGUACACAGCAGGAAUUGUGGGAGGUCUGUCCACCGUGGCCAUGUGUGCCCCAAGUGAGAAGUUCCUCAAUAUGGGCGGGCCAUUGGCUGUUGGCUUCGGAGUGGUCUUCGCUUCCUCUAUUGGAUCAAUGUUCCUGCCGCCCACGUCAGCGUUCGGAGCCGGCCUGUACUCAGUGGCCAUCUAUGGAGGCCUGGUCCUGUUCAGCAUGUUCCUCCUCUAUGACACACAGAAGGUCAUCAAGAGGGCAGAGACACACCCGCUCUAUGGCGUUCAGAAAUAUGACCCCAUUAACGCGUGUAUGGGGAUUUACAUGGACACACUGAACAUCUUCAUGAGACUGGUGAUGAUUCUGAGCGGUGGUGGGGGCAAAAGGAAGUAAACGGCAGCGAUUUUGGCUUUAGUUAGAUUUUACCCUCCACAGAGCUUUACAAAAUCACAUUUUAUAACGAGCCGCAUACGCCAGGUGUUAAUUCUUAGUGACAAGUCUUAUCUAACUGGUAAAAAUACACCAUUGCUUUGCAAGAGUGUGAAGAAGAAGAUGUCCCUCUGGUGCAAAGAAGAAAAAUCGUGAACGUUGAUUACAAUCUGAGAGCUCUUACCUUAAAUGUGAAAUAUCUGGUUUAUCCUGGGGGUUACAGAUGGAUUAAAUCUGUCAGCAUCAUUUUGCCUGCCUAUGUGUUCUUUAUGUUUUAUAUUUAUUUCAACUUCAUAGUUUCUGUUUAUAAUACAAAUGAAAGUUCAAGACAUGCCACACACGUCAACUAUAGACUGGUCCAGAUUUGCUGUACAUGAACUGUCUGUGCGCUUGCUCCAGUAUACAGUGAUAUUUGCCCUUGUGUGAUGUGUUAAAUCAGUGGCACUAGUUCAAAUAUUUCUGAGAAAGUAAUUUCAAUAAAUGAAUUACUCAAUAAAUACGUUAAAAGUUUGUAUUGUCAGAAGUUGUUGAAUAUUUUGAAAAGUGAUUGUAAAAACCAGCAGUGAUUUGACAUGUCAUAGUAGGAAGAACCCUACUACUACUACUACUACUACUACUACUACUACUACUACUUCUACAAUUAAUGAUUCCUGAAUUCUAUUUGGCUUCUUUGGUUUCAGGGUCCUAUUAUUGUACAUGCUGGCUCACUGUCACACUGUCACUGCUUGCUGGGACACCUGUAAUUAAUAAUGAUUUUUGGUAUCACCUUUGCUUUGACAGGUCACCAAAAACACCUGUUAUAGAAAUAUAAAUAGUAACAUUCAUCAACCCAAAUGAUGGGAAGCAUAUGUGUUGUCAUCUUUAGGUGAAAUACAUAUUUUCAUACUAGGACUCUGUAAUAAGAGUUUGGGAUCUUAUAAUUUAUUCUUUAAUCAAUUAUUAAACAUCAGUUAUCUUGGAAUGUCACAUGGUGAUCAUUUACAAU